CUUGCAGAUCUUUUGGCUCUGCAGUCCCAUUUCAGAGCCUCAGUUCUCAGCCACAUAACCUCCAGGCAGAGAAUCACAUUUGAGGAGAUGCUGCCUCCUUCUACUCCCCAGCCUGCCUUGGAUCUUCUGAAGAAACUUCUUGUGUUUAACCCUGACAAAAGACUGACAGCAGAGGAGGCUCUGCAGCACCCUUAUGUGAGGAGGUUUCACUGUCCUGCCAGGGAGCCCUCUCUGGAUCAUGAUGUCAUUCUGCCUCUGGGUGAUGACAUCCAGCUCUCUGUGGCAGAAUAUCGAAGUAAAUUAUAUGAGAUGAUCCUUGACAAGAAAUUCAACAACCAGGGAAAGGAGCCAGAGCAGGGAGAAAACAUUCAACUAAAGCCAUCAAAAUCUGAGGCACUUCUUCCAAAUCCCAGUUCUGUGACUGUAGCUGCCAGGAGAGACCCAAGAGAACCAACCCCACCUCUUCCAAAAGCUUCACACACUCAACCUGGGACCACAGCCCUUGGUCAGACAGAAGCAGCCACACAAGGGGAAGAUUUAGCAACAACUUUCUGCCAGCAAGCAAAGAUCAACGUGAUGCACAAUGCCCUGACUCGUGGUGCUGGGCAGGGUGAUGCAAGUCCUGGUGCUGUGGUCAGGAACCCUUCUCCUUCAGCUCCUCACAAGGACAGAAUCUCCAAAACCAGGAGAGUGGGGAGACAAAUCCCCCAGGGCAAUGCUCAGACACCUCCUCAGACUGUACAGAACAUUUGUAAUCACCCAGGACACCCCCAGGUCCCCAGGAAGGAUCCUCGUCCCCUCCCCAAGCCCAGCAGGAGGAUGUUCCAGAUCAGUGCCAACGUGGGAGCUGCAGGUGAUCCCAGAGCAUCCAUGGGCAGCUACUCCCAGGCCUAUGGAACCAUCUCUAAAUCUGCACUCCAGAAUCUCCCAAUAUCCAAGUCCUCCCAAGGCCACCAGCAGUGAGUAUGGAGCUGUCCUGAGCAGGGGAAGGGUCUCAGCAGGACCCUCGUGGAGCCAGGAGCAGCCACUGAGGGCAACAUCCAUGAGGAAUGGGGCAGCUGCCCCGGGAGGAGGGAUCCAGUGCAUGGAGCAGUGUCCUCCUCUCCUCUGCAGCCUUCCAGCCCCACCAGACAAGGGCCCAGCACUAUUUGCUCCCAUUCCCUGAGCACAAUAAACAGUUGGUUCAUGUUCCUCACGUUGGAAUUGUUGCAAAGAACAAGAGAGAGCUGCAGUAUUCUGAGUGUAUCUUGAGG